UAUCUAGCAAUUUUACUUGGACUUUCACGAAAUUUUUACUCUUGCAUUUUUCAGACUUCUAAAUUACUUUAUAUAAUUAUGGACGAAAAUGAGUUUAUGGAACAGGAAGAUGACAUUGAAUAUGUUGAAGAGCCGAUGGCAGCUGAUUUUGAUUUUACAAAUGUUAAUGAUCCUCUCACUUUAGAUGACCCAGUUUCUCAAGAUGAUGUACAGGUGCCUUCUACCGUUAACGUUGUUAGUGUUGAACUUGAGACUUUUUCGAAGGAAUAUACAGAUUAUGCAUUGAUGAAUAGACUUCUUUUUAUUGCCGAUGUUUGCCCUCCUUUGAGGGCUGAUGCAUUAAAAAUGCUUAUCAACUAUGUUAUUAAGAAAACUCAAAAUAUUCCCAUGCUCAAUGCUGCCUAUCAACGGGUUGAAUCUGCAAAAGCUUUUGGUAAUAUUUCUGGAAUUGAAAGUGUGCCUGAUAUUGAUAAAAGUUGGAUUGAGAUUACCACAGUUAAAGCAAAUAAUCGAUUGGAAUCUCUUCUAGCUGAGUUUAAACGGCAGAAAGAUGAAGCUGUUAAGGAAUCAAUUAGACGUUCAUUAGAGGAUGUUUUCCAUCAAUAUGUGCAAAUGGGAAAUCUCCCAGAUGCUCUCAAACUUUAUACUCGAGGAAUGCGUGAAUAUUGUACUUCUCCAAAUCAAAUAAUACAGAUGCUCAUAAGUUGGAUUAAUGUUACUAUUUAUGCUGAACAAUGGCAAAAACUUUCUGUUUUGCUUCCACAAGCUGAUCGCGCAAUAAAUGAGAUUAUUGAACGUGAAAAUGUUUCUUCAAUACCCAGCAAUACUUUUAGCACAACUCAAUAUUCUUCUCUCCAAUCUCUGCAAAUUCCAGCGCGUACAUCUAAAAUUCAAAAAGAUUUGAUUCUUAGUUCAAAGGCGAAAAUUUUGGCUGUCUAUGGACUUGCUUUUCUGCAGAAUAAAAAUUACAAGGCAGCGGCCGAGAAGUUUAUGACGAUCGACUUGGAUGUUCUCAAUUACCCACAACUUAUUUCCCCUAGUGAUGUUGCAAUUUAUGCACUUAUCUGCGCUCUUGCGACAUUCAGUCGGACUGAAUUAAAAGAAAAAGUACUUGGUUCUCCUCUUUUUCGAAAAUCUCUGGAAUCAGAGCCAAAACUUAUUGAAUUAUUACAAAGAUUUUGUCAAAGUCAAUUUGGUAUUUGUCUUGAUAUUCUUAAUGAUUUGCGUGAUCAAUUAUUAUUGAACAUCUACUUAGCGCCACAUAUUUCUUUUCUAUAUUCUCUAAUCAGACAGAGUGCAUUAAUUCAAUAUUUUGACACUUAUUUAAGCUCCGAAAUUGGUCAAAUGGCUAUUGAAUUUCGUACUUCCGUAGAUGAGCUUGAAUCCGAGUUGAUUUCAUUAAUUGAAAAGGGCUUGCUCAAAGCAAAGAUUGAUUCGUACAAGAAAGUUCUUUACGCAAAAUUUUCUGACAAUCGAACAGAAAUAUAUGAACGGGUUUUAAAUUUGCGGAAACGAAUUAGCCAACAUGCCAAUGCUGUUUUACUUAGAGCUGCCUUACUUAAUCAUCGGAUUCAUGAACAGAAAUAA